GGAAGGACCGGAGUAGAUGCAGAACCAUGGCGGGGCCGGUCAGUUUGCGAGAGCUUCUGAUGGGAGCCUCUGCCUGGAUUGGCUCUGAAAGCCCCGUAGGAGCCCCUCUAGAGGGAGGAGGGAGCACGGCUGGCGGGCCGGAGCCUCCGUGGCGCGAAGAUGAGAUCUGCGUGGUAGGAAUCUUCGGCAAAACCGGUCUGCGCCUGAAUUCCGAGAAGUUCUCGCUGGUGAAUACGGUGUGUGACCGGCAAGUCUUUCCUCUCUUUCGCAACCAAGAUCCAGGGGACCUAGAACCGGGGAUCAAGGCUGAGGUUGGCACCGUCGGGGAGGUAAGAGGAGCCGGAGGCCCCGGGACCGGGGAUCAAGUUCGAGGAGGUGUAACUGCCACGGAAGGAAACCGAACCGUGCCAGGUUCGCAGGACUACAACCUUCUACAGGCCUAUUACAACCAAGAAAGCAAAGUUCUGUAUCUUCUUCUUACCUCCAUUUGUGACAAUUCACAGCUUCUCCGGGCUUGUCGGGCGCUUCAGAGUGGAGAAGCUGGAGGUGGCCUCGCUUUACCUCAUGCAGAAGCACAUGAGUUCUGGAAGCAUCAAGAGAAGCUGCAGUGCCUCAAUCUCCUUUACCUUUUCUCUGUGUGUCACAUCCUGCUUCUGGUCCACCCGACUUGCUCUUUUGACAUUACCUACGAUCGGGUAUUCCGAGCCCUGGAUGGGCUGAGACAGAAAGUACUGCCCCUGCUCAAAACGGCCAUUAAAGAUUGUCCAGUUGGCAAAGACUGGAAGCUAAACUGCCGACCCUGCCCACCUAGACUCCUUUUCCUCUUUCAACUUAACGGGGCCCUCAAGGUGGAACCGCCUCGAAGCCAAGACCCAGCUCACCCAGAGAAGCCCAAGAAACAUUCUCCUAAAAGGAGACUGCAGCAUGCUUUGGAGGACCAGAUUUAUAGAAUCUUCCGGAAGAGUCGUGUCUUGACCAAUCAGAGCAUCAACUGCCUCUUUACUGUGCCUGCCAACCAAGCUUUUGUGUACAUAGUUCCUGGAAGCCAGGAGGAGGAUCCAGUGGGCAUGUUGCUGGACCAACUUCGGAGUCAUUGUACUGUGAAGGAUCCAGAAUCUUUACUGGUGCCUGCACCUCUUCCUGGGCCCAGGCGAUACCAGGUCAUGAGACAGCACAGCCGCCAGCAGCUUUCCUUCCACAUUGACAGCAGCAGCUCGAGUUCUUCAGGCCAGCUUGUAGACUUCACCCUUCGGGAAUUCCUGUGGCAACAUGUGGAGUUAGUCCUGAGCAAGAAAGGUUUUGAUGAUAGUGUGGGCAGGAACCCACAGCCCUCCCAUUUUGAACUCCCCACUUACCAAAAGUGGAUCUCGGCAGCUUCCAAACUGUAUGAAGUUGUUAUUGAUGGGAAAGAGGAGGACCCAUCAUCUCCCACAGGAGAACUAACAUCUAAGAUUUUGAGCAGUAUUAAAGUCUUGGAAGGGUUUUUGGAUAUCGACACAAAAUUCUCUGAAAACCGGUGCCAAAAAGCUUUACCCAUGGCUCAUAGUGCUUAUCAGUCAAAUUUGCCUCACAAUUACACGAUGACUGUCCAUAAGAAUCAACUUGCACAGGCUCUUAGAGUAUAUAGUCAGCAUGCAAGGGGUCCAGCCUUUCACAAAUAUGCCAUGCAGUUACAUGAAGACUGCUACAAAUUUUGGAGCAAUGGCCAUCAACUCUGUGAGGAGAGGAGUUUAACUGAUCAACACUGUGUACAUAAAUUUCACUCCUUGCCUAAAUCAGGAGAAAAACCAGAGGCUGAUAGAAAUCCUCCUGUUCUGUAUCAUAAUAGCCGCGCUCGAUCCACUGGUGCCUGUAAUUGUGGAAGGAAGCAAGCACCUCGAGAUGACCCGUUUGAUAUCAAAGCAGCUAACUAUGACUUUUAUCAGCUUCUGGAAGAAAAAUGUUGUGGAAAAUUGGAUCAUAUCAAUUUCCCAGUGUUUGAACCCAGUACUCCAGAUCCUGCUCCUGCCAAAAAUGAAUCUUCUCCUGCCCCUCCAGAUACAGAUGCUGAUAAACUGAAAGAAAAAGAACCUCAAACACAAGGAGAGAGCACAAGCCUGAGUUUAGCUUUGAGUUUAGGCCAGUCCACAGAUAGCCUAGGUACUUAUACAGCAGAUCCUCAAGCAGGAGGAGAUAAUCCAGAAGUUCAUGGUCAAGGAGAGGUGAAAACUGAGAAGAGACCAAACUUGGUGGAUAGACAGGCAUCAACAGUUGAGUAUCUCCCAGGCAUGCUACAUUCAAAUUGUCCUAAAGGUCUCCUACCCAAAUUCUCCAGCUGGUCUUUAGUUAAACUAGGCCCUGCUAAGUCAUAUAACUUUCAUACAGGUUUGGACCAACAGGGUUUCAUUCCAGGAACAAACUAUCUUAUGCCUUGGGACAUAGUCAUCAAGACCAGAGCUGAAGAUGAAGGAGAUUUAGACACUAAUUCCUGGCCUGCUCCAAAUAAGGCUAUUCCUGGAAAGAGAAGUGCAGUUGUGAUGGGAAGAGGAAGACGGCGGGAUGACAUAGCUAGAGCUUUUGUGGGCUUUGAAUAUGAAGACUCUCGAGGCCGGAGAUUCAUGUGUUCGGGACCUGACAAAGUAAUGAAAGUAAUGGGAAGUGGACCAAAGGAAUCAGCUUUAAAAGCCCUCAAUAGCGAUAUGCCAUUAUAUAUUCUGUCAUCAUCUCAGGGUCGAGGGCUAAAACCACAUUAUGCCCAGCUUAUGAGGCUCUUCGUUGUGGUUCCUGAUGCACCUUUGCAGAUAAUACUGAUUCCACAGGUUCAGCCAGGCCCACCACCAUGUCCAGUUUUUUACCCAGAAAAACAAGAAAUCACUCUCCCACCUGAUGGCCUUUGGGUUUUAAGGUUUCCCUAUGCAUAUGUGACUGAAAGAGGACCUUGCUUCCCUCCUAAGGAAAAUGUGCAGUUAAUGAGUUAUAAGGUGCUUCGUGGAGUUCUCAAAGCAGUAACUCAAUGAGUGUUUCUCAGCUGGUUCAGUACUCAACUUGAGCAGGCUGUGCACAAUUAUUGUGGCUGUGCACAGUUUUUUUGUUUGUUUGUUUGUUUGAAUGUAUGUGCUGUGAUUUGUUCAGUAUUUGGACAAUAAUUGUUCCACUAUUUCAUAUUGUUAAUAUUUAUUGGGAAUGGGGCUAUGGCUUUCCAAUAAAGGUUGGUUGGUUUAGAAAAAGACAAAAUAUAUGGUUGAUA